CUCCAUAGUAACAGGAUGUAAACAAACAUUCCUUCCAUGUUGGCAGAUAGGCAGUUCUAGGCAGAUCCAGCUGCUUGUAGCCCAGAAGAUGACUUCAUUAUCAACAAUGGACAUACUGCAUGUGUGCACAGUGCUCGAGGACAGUCUCGACCAACUUUCCAUCCUUGGAUAUACAAUGAUUCCAGUCUCUUAUCAUGGCCGCAGAAACAUUGUUAUAAAUGAAAUUGGUAACAUUAUGAGGGAACAAAGACAGCUUGAGAAAAACGUUGAGGAGCUAAUAGGUUCACGCAUUGCUGUUCGGUUAACAUCACCUUCCUCACCAAGCAUGCUGGCGGACUUGACAAAAGAGGUUCAGGAAACCAGUGAGAAGCUGAAAAUAAGCAAUGAACAGUUUACACGGGCUGUGAAACAAGGCCCCUUGACUUCCGAUAAUCUCAAGAAAAUCCAGGCUGAGAAUCUGAAGAAGGUACAGGCUGACAGGCAGUUUGCCGCUGAUAUCAUUAUGGAAAUGUUAAAGGAGCUGGAAGACUCCAGGACAUUUAUCAGCCUCCAGGAAGCUGUGGAAAAGGAGAAGGAGAGGAAAGACCAUUUCCGCAGGACAAUAGAGAGAGAAGAGGAUGGAAGGUACAAGAUUAAUUUACUGCAGAAGCAAUUGGAAGAGAUCAGAAAAGAGAAAGAAGUGGAGUUGCAGAAUCGAAAUGAACUGAUUGCUCACCUGAAUGAUCAACUGCAAGAGACAAUAGCAAAGACCAACAUAGACAACAAGUAUGCCAAGAAGGACACAGAGCUGCAAAUCUCCCAGACACAGAAAAGGUGUAGCAUUUCUGAAACUAACCUGCUGCAAGAGAUUGAGACUAUUCAAAUUAAAACGGAUGAAGAAAUUAGAGCACAUUUGGAUAUAGAAAAUUUCCAGAGACAACAUCUGCAAGAGCUGGAAGCCAAACUUGAACACUGGAUGGAGAAGUGUGAUAAAGAUGCUGAAAGGAAAGAGGAUGAAAUCCAGUCUAUGAAGAAAGCUAGAGAUAAGGAUCUUGCUUUGCUGCAAACACUGGCUGAGCGGUAUAAAGAAUAUGAAAGAGUGAUUACUGAAGAUCGUUUAGAAAAGGAGAAAGCGCGUCAGGAGAAGAGACAAGCACAGCUGGAGCUGGAUAGUACGAUCAAGAUUCAAGCCUGGUGGCGAGGCAUGAUGGUACGGAAAGGGUUAGGAGCCUUUAAGAAAGCCAAGAGCAAGAAAGGAAAAGGCAAGGGAAAGAAAGGCAAAGCCAAGAAAGGAGGGAAGAAAAAAUAAGCUAUUUCACAUAGCUGCAAGAGCAUUGCACAGGAAAUACUGCAAUUGAUUUAUCUGUAAUAAAGAUGUAAGGUGAAAGGAA